GGCAAUCCGCGCCGGAGACCGAUGUGCCAAUAGAGAUGUGACUGCAUAGCAUUAUCGCGCUAACUACAGGUCUGCAUGAUUGCGGACGAAAGAUGGCGAAGGUCCGAAGUUCGAUCCUGUCCCGUUACACCGUGCGUCCCGGCACGUAGGGAUUGACAUUACAGCAUGACCUUCAGAACACCACGUUGAUAGAGAGAUCCUGCACCCUUUGCCACGAUCAAUAUUCCAUCAACAGAUAUUCACCAUGGUGCGAAACCCUUACCAGAAGUUCCUGGUUCAUGCCACGCUACACCUUAAGUCGAGCCGGCAUACAUGGAGCUCGAGAGAGCGUCAAGAUACGAUUGUUGUGGUGUACCAUACGGAGCCCACAGUCCGGGAAUAUUAUGCCAACAACGAUGGGGAAAUCCCAACUCUGAAUUCAUUUUUCCCACGCCAUCCAUACUCAAAAGAGGACGCUGUUGAGGCCAGGUCUCAUGCAGUCAAGCCUAGAGACCUUGCCGCAGUACAUGUCCCGCCUAUUGCGCCAACUGCUCGACCUGGUGCGCUACGCAUCAUUAUCAUGAGGCCUCAGGUCGAUCCCCAGGUCGAUCCCCAGGUCGAGCCCCAGGUCGAGCUCCCUGAGACCCCGUCGCCCGCAGAUGACACUGAAGGUAGCCCACCGUACGCGCACUGGCCUGCUUAUCCGUGGAACCAAGAACCUGUUCUACCGGAUACUGGUGCAAGGGAUGUGUCUGUCGAGAAACAAAUCAGGUUCCUGGCAACAGACCCCCACCUUUCAGAGAACGAAACACACUGGCACGGUACAAAGUACCUUGGUCAUGGAGCAUCGGCCGCAGUGGGUCUGUGGUGCGAGGUAGACCAGCACGGAAACGUAAUCGAAAGAAUGGUUGUCAAGGAAAACGCCACUGUUGAGCGAGACGUAUGGCGCGACCCCAAGAAUUGGCGAGAUCGCCUCCCAAGGGAGAUCGCAGUCGUUCGACGUAUCGCAGCUCGACGAGCAGCGGAGCCUGAUGCGUGUCAGCACAUCGUUAGGUAUCGGGGUCAUCGUAUGCUCAUGUCGAAGCGCCGGUUUCGUCUCUACACGGACUUUUCAUCAGGCGGUGAUAUGUCCAGAGCUAUGACACCUUAUGUCGAUAAAUGGAACCCAAUCAAACCUCCAGAAACUCCUAGAGACAAUGGUGAAGAUAAGGCUAAAGGAAAGGAUAUAGAAAAGCCUAGGCCCUACUUGCCGGAGGGUUUCAUCUGGCACACGAUCAAGGCGCUCGCGACUGCAUGCCUUCUUCUGCAGAACGGCACGUUAGGCAAUGAAUACCUGGAAAACUGGAAACCAAUCGUACAUCUAGACAUUCAGCCCUUCAACAUCCUCCUUGAUGUGCAGAGCAAGAAGCGCAAAGCCCUUGCAGACGAUGAACAAGAUCCGCCUUCCGCGGGUCCCAGUAAGAGACGUAAGGGUGCUGCUAGUCCAACCGAGGACGAGGCAAGCAGUAGAGCAACAGACCCCAGCGCAACUACUCCCGCUUCUCAGGAUCAGCAAAUCGUAGUCCAACUUACAGACUUCGGUCAAUCCUUCUUCGAGCUGGAUUUCAGUCAAUGUCCAGAGCUAGAUGAGAACCCCCAUGACUUCCUGCUACCUUCUCCUGACUUUCGAUAUGCUCCUGAACACCACCACUACGACAGUGGGUUUCCCUCCCGACUCAACGAGUCAACGGACGUCUGGGGAAUUGGCCGCGUAGCCUGGUUCCUCAUUGUCAACCGCAACAGUUGGAACUAUGGCCCUGUGCGCGAGGGCGGUCCCAUCCUCCAUGGCAAGGGCUGCGCACUGCCGCUCUCUGCGUUUCAGACAGAAAACACGGCGUCUGAAGAUCGUUACGAUCAAGAGGUGCUAGUAGGGACCGCAGAAUGGGCGGCGUCGAACAAUUACAGCGAGGAGCUGAAAGCCUUGGUGAGGAGCUGCUUGAAGUACUAUCAAGAGCAUCGGCCGUCGCUGCAGGUCAUCUUGUCUGAUGUGAACAAACAUCUUCAAGCGAAUCCUCACUUGGCGGAAGCCAUGGAUGUCGGCAGCACAGAGCUAGCCAUACCAGAUAACGCUGGAUGGCAAAUUGGUGCGCCUUUGGUUGUUCAACCGCCAUCCUAAAUAGGUGUAUUUCCGGGCUGUAGUGCUACUUGACCACUUUUUGCGUUUGCAACAGGGCCUUGAUGCGAGGAACGUGG